GGAACGUGCGCGCAGGCGAUGCACGGGGCAUGCGCGAGCGGGCUCCGGGCCGGGUGGGUAGAGGCUUCAGGUGGCGCGCGGUGGCGCCGCCCGCGACCCGCCGCCCCGCUUGCGGCCCUGUGGUGGCCGCAGCCGCCCCUCGGCCUCACCCAGUGCUUUGGCCUCCUUGUGGACAGCGCGCCGGCCCCGCGGUGCGGGGCCACGGGUCGGCCGCGCCUUCACGUGUCCAGGCCGCCGCAGUGACCCCGCCCCCGGGCCCAGGAUGUGAGGCCCGCGGGGCGUCCCCGCACCGGGCCCGGACGCCGGGAGUGGCCGGCUCGGCAACGCCGAGCGAUGGCCCUGCUGCCGGUGCUCCUCGCCUCCUGGGGCCUGAGGCAGUGAGGGGGCCGGCGGGCGAGGGCUGAGGGGGCCGCGGGCGCCAUGGAGGGGGUGCUGUACAAGUGGACCAACUAUCUGAGCGGUUGGCAGCCUCGGUGGUUCCUUCUCUGUGGGGGAAUAUUAUCAUAUUACGAUUCUCCUGAAGAUGCCUGGAAAGGUUGCAAAGGGAGCAUCCAGAUGGCAGUCUGUGAAAUUCAAGUUCAUUCAGUAGAUAACACACGCAUGGACCUGAUAAUCCCUGGGGAACAGUACUUCUACCUGAAGGCCAGAAGUGUGGCUGAGCGACAGCGGUGGCUGGUAGCCCUGGGGUCAGCCAAGGCUUGCCUGACAGACAGUAGGACCCAGAAGGAAAAAGAGUUUGCGGAAAACACUGAAAACCUGAAAACUAAAAUGUCGGAACUAAGGCUUUACUGUGAUCUUCUUGUUCAGCAAGUAGAUAAAACAAAAGAAGUGACCACAACUGGUGUGUCCAGCUCUGAGGAGGGAAUUGAUGUGGGAACUCUGCUGAAAUCGACCUGCAAUACUUUUCUGAAGACUUUGGAAGAAUGCAUGCAGAUUGCAAAUGCAGCCUUCACUUCUGAGCUGCUCUAUCGUACUCCCCCAGGAUCACCUCAGCUGGCCAUGCUCAAGUCCAACAAGAUGAAACAUCCUAUUGUACCGAUUCAUAAUUCAUUGGAAAGGCAAAUGGAAUUAAACAGUUGUGAAAAUGGAUCUGUGAAUAUGGAAAUAAACGAUGAUGAAGAAAUCCUAAUGAAAAACAAGAGCUCCUUAUGUUUGAAACCUGCAGAAACAGAUUGCAGCUUAUCAAGUGAAGAAACUACAGACGAUAAUAUAACAGGUGAAAUGAUGAAGGAAGAUGGAGAGGAAAACCUGGGAAAUCAUGACAGCAGCUUGGUGCAGCCUGAAUCACACUCCUCACGCAGCUCUCCAGAACCCCACUGGGAAGAAGGCCAAGAAGUUAUCCCAACUUUCUUUAGUACCAUGAACACCAGCUUUAGUGACAUUGAACUUCUGGAAGACAGUGGCAUUCCCACAGAAGCAUUCUUAGCAUCAUGUUAUGCUGUGGUUCCAGUAUUAGACAAACUUGGCCCCACGGUGUUUGCUCCUGUUAAAAUGGAUCUAGUUGGAAAUAUUAAGAAGGUAAAUCAGAAGUAUAUUACCAACAAGGAAGAGUUUACCACCCUCCAAAAGAUAGUGCUGCAUGAAGUGGAAGCCGACGUAGCCCAGGUUCGGAACUCAGCUACAGAAGCCCUCUUGUGGCUGAAGAGAGGUCUCAAAUUUUUGAAGGGCUUUUUGACAGAAGUGAAAAAUGGAGAAAAGGACAUCCAGACAGCCCUGAAUAAUGCGUAUGGUAAAACAUUACGGCAGCACCAUGGCUGGGUAGUUCGAGGGGUUUUUGCGUUAGCUCUGAGGGCAGCUCCAUCCUAUGAAGAUUUUGUGGCUGCGUUAACCAUAAAGGAAGGCGACCACCAGAAAGCAGCUUUCAGUGUUGGGAUGCAGAGGGACCUCAGCCUUUACCUCCCUGCCAUGGAAAAGCAGCUGGCGAUACUGGACACUUUAUACGAGAUCCACGGACUGGAGUCUGACGAGGUGGUAUGACGACUGCAGGGCAGUGCCGCCUUUUAACUUCAGGGAAUAAAGUUUGCUCAAGUGUUUUGUUGCCCUGCUUAGUUUCCAGCAGCAGCUUCAACCCUCUUCAGUCCCUUGCUUGGGAGUAUGGAGAGGAGGAAGCAAAGCCCAGUGCUUUUAUAUGUAAUUUUUUAAAUGCAUAUAUGUUUCAUGUGUUUAAAAAUCAAGGUGCUAUAUAUAUUCAGUUCAAAGGGCCUCCUGGAAACCAAAUCAUAGCUGUUAUAUAGAUGUGAACGGCAGUUGUAGGAGCAGAUUUGGCAGAGGACUCUGUUAGUGUUGUAUUUGGUUUUUUUGGCUUGUCUGUCUCUUUGUUUAGCUUUUGGUUUUGAUGGGCUACCCAAACCCAAACUGAAAAGGAACAAAUUCUGUAUCAGAGAUGAUGACUCCUAGGCAGUGUUGCAGUCAGUUUAAAGCUAGACUAAGAACGUGGAGGGCGCCAGGCCCCUGUGUUGAAGCUAUUGAGAUGGAGUUUGCUGUUCCUGGACGUCCUGCAGAGAUCUUCUUCCCUGUGGCUCUGGGGCCCGAUGAGCCUGAGCGGGCCAGGUGUCCGGGGCAUUGGUGCGACCAAGCAGUGCCAUCCUUAUUGACAGGUGGGAGGCUGUGGCUCUGAAGAGAUGAGUGGCGUGUCCUGGCUCCAAGCUGGAGGACUGGACAGAAAGAUUAGGACAGGUCUUCUGAGGUGACCCGUCUGUGCACCCUUUGCCAGCCUGCUGGUCUCUGCAUCAUCUUAGUUGGACAUCACAGCAAAAGCGUGACAUUCAGGAAUUUCUUCCCGGUUUUAAAGGUGAAAGUUAGAGGUCAGGAGAUGCGCUCAGUCACACAGCCGCUCUGUAGAGGAACCACGUGAUUCCCAUGUGUGAUCCGGGCCACCUCUGCCUCAAAGUGCCCGGGAGUGCUUGUCUAAACAGCAAGUUCACAGGCCUUAUCUUGACCUGAACGACCAGGAUUGUGGAAGUGGGACUCAAGAUAAUAAACCUCGGAUAUGACUAAACUUUCUAAGUUAUUCUUGUGCAUAUGGAGUUGGAGAAUGAAUCGCUAGAUUAAAUUCCGGCUUACGGAAUUCCCAGUCUUCUGCAUGAACUAAAUGAUGUGUCCUUUUUCUUCAAAAAGGAAGAGGCCGUUGCUGAAGUGAAGCAGUUAAAGGGGAGAGUGAGAAGGGCAGCAGGGCUGUUCGGCAGCUUUCUUAAUUGAACCAGCAGGCCUUCGUGUUGCCGUCUGGGCCCACAGUUCUAAACGUGCUCUCUGAUCAAUCUUGGCUUAAUAAUGCAGGGUGAGCUAAAUGCAGCUUAUCAAUUUCAGAAGCUUCAGGACCACGUCCCAGGUUAAAGGUGGGAUUUAAGUCUUUUUGAUAAAACAGCCUUGUGUAGGCAUUCUCCUGAAGAGUGUGACACCAGGACUGUGGCCCUCGUCUCUCAGGCCAGGCUGCCAGGAAUGGGCAUUGGGGAGAAGCAGGGGUGCCUCCCCAUCACAGGCUACAUGCUUAAGGUAGGUGGCAGGUGCUGGCGCGAGGUAAUUCCCCAGGGCCUUUGCAGGGCGUAGAUGACUGCUCUAUGAGAGCCUAGAGGCUACUCUUCCCAGCCCAAAGAGAUCUCCUUAGGCAAGAGAUUAAUGCAGGGAGGGUCUUGAUUUUGUCUUUAAACAAAUGGGCAUUUAUGGAGCUCAAAUUAAUAAAGCAGGUACUCUGCUCACUAAAGACUUAGGGAAAAUGCUUGAGCUUAGAAAAGCAACAUCAAAUGUUUUAAGGCUGAGGAGAAAAAGCGCACUAAAAUGAGGUUUCUUUUGUGUCUUAGCGCCUGCUGAUGGCAGCUGUGAGGGUGUGCGUGUUGUCUUUCCCCACUCCCACGAGUGAUGAGUGCGGACCCCCUUCUCUGACCAGUGUGAAUAUGGUCAUGGGACCAGGGGAUGAUUUAGACUUUCUGCCCUUGACGGAGCCUCCUAAAGGGAAAAAGAAAAAGCCACCAGCCUUUGCUUUACCUUGAAUGAACACACAUGAGGCGUUGUACCACGGGGCAGGGCUGCUCAGGAGGUUGUGGGUGUCGUGAAGCCUGACAUUCCGAGCAAAUGCCGGACCUCCCCGUCGCUCAGGUGACCUGGUGUGGACUCUUGGAGAGAGGUGGGCUCACUGAAAGAACCUCAGGUUCUCCACCUGGGCUCUGAAUACAGGCAGAGAGAAAGGUGUAAAUGACCUUGUUUUCUAGAGAAGGAGGAAGGGUUUCACAUUACCUCGGAUCGUUUGGACCCCAGAGCAGAGAAGCUUGAGUCAUUUGAAUAAGUUACAUUAAUACCCAGUACUUUUCCAACCCUACAGAAAGAUAGGUAUUUUCCUCACUGGAGCAUGUGAAGUUUAACUAAGAUAUGUAAAGCUCUGGAAAUUGAACCUCAUACCAAAUGACAGAUUCACCUUGCCCUGAAGCUUGGCACAGUAAGAGCCUCCUCUUGGAGCUACACUAUUUGUUUCUCCGUGUUAUUUAAAGCCAUCAUUUGUGCUGAUGUGCAUUUACUACCUAAGAAAAGGAAAAAGAGAAACGAUGGUUAAGGCUUUCUCUCCGCAAUCCUCCAAGAUUCCUGGGACAGCGAAGCUUUCUUCCACGCUGACAGCGAGAGGAGACGGGAAGGCGCCAGUGUGUUGGGUGGCGGAGUGGUCACCUUGCUCGCUUGCUCAGUUUUAGGAUUCCUUCUCCAGAGGGACCUCUGGAGAGGUCCUGAAGGAAGGGCAGCGCAGCUUCUCAGUAUCAGUAGAAGCUAAUAAGUAGCAUGUGGAGGAGCUUCCGGAGGGCACUUCCACACACGUCACUUCAUCACAUCGGCACUUCUGCCCACAGCAGAAGCCAGGCUUACGCUUAGGAGGGAUUAAUUUGAUCUGACGAACAGAAUAAAACCCUUUCAAUGGUGGCAGUUUUCUUUUGUCCUUUGAAAGCAGAUUUGAUUCUUUGUAGCUAAUCUUGGAAAAAUGUCAAGUUAAAGGGAUACUCUUAGGGGUCAAAACCAACUUGUGACUCUGAGAUGUAGGUGGUUUUCUUAUCCCCUCUUGAUCCAGUGGCUUGGGGAUUUCAGUCCUCAGGGAUUGACUUUGAAAGGCAGCGUGUGUUAGGAUGCUUAAGUCGUGGCUCGAGGCGCCUCAUCCUUAUUUGCGUGUCUUUCUGAACAUCAGUACUUCCCAAAUAUCACAUUCCACCGUCAGGGAGGUCUGAACUCGGUAGUUGAGCCCUGCACUUCUCUCUCCUCCUCUCUAUUCCCAACGAUUGCAGACAGCACCCCCCUCAGAGCACCACCUCCACCCCCCCCUUAGCUGUGCUGCGCCGUGCCUAGCAGCAGCUUCUCGUAUGUAGGUGGAAUGUCAGGCCUAGACCCAGCCAGGGUCAGGUGCGCAGUCAGUGGGCAUCCUGCUCCCAUGCGUAGCUGCGAAGCAGGUGAUUGCCGUGAUGUGCAGCAUCUAGAAAAGGCCGUCCGGUAUUAGACGAGUGCUGCUGGAAAGGUUUGCUCGCUUCUCUCUUUUGAUCAUUAAUUUUUUAUACGGACACAUACAUAAUUCCAAAAGUGAAUGCUUUCAACUUUUUAUUUUCAGAAAAGUGUUUUUAAUUAAAAAUAUGUGGUAGGGAUAAGUGAAUAAAGUAUACUUAAUUUGUGGUAGAAGAGCUGAACCAAGAGGUAUCUUAUUAAAGAAACCUGAUCUGAUUGUGCAGAGCACAUAUAUGAAGAAAUAUGUAAGCCGGUAGGGUGGGUCAGAGGGUCAGGAUCAAUACAAGAUGAUGUGAUGUUGAAAACGUUCUGAAAGACAACUGUUUUUAUGGUUGUUUUUUUUUUUCCCCCCAACUAAACUACCAUGUUCUACAAGAAGUUGGUUUCAUAAUGGUGCAUUGCUGAAUCAUCAAUUAAAUAAUUUUAGUUGCUUCGGAUUUUAGUCUUAGGUUUUAACAACUCUUGAGUUUUCCCACCCUCAUGUUUCAUUUCUUUUUUUAAGGUGAACUAUCAACCUUUAAAAAUUUUUUUAGAUUUAGAAUUGAUAAGUUAUAGUCUGUUGUAAGCCAUUGUCCUGUUAGCAGAGCUAAUGUUUGGUCUUGGACAGCCUGACUUCCAUGCUCUUUUGAUCUGGUGGAGCCUGUACACAAGCCUCAGUGUCUCCGGCAACCUGUGUCCCUGUGACGUGCACAUAGGAAGACACUCUGCUUCCGGACGGCCCUUUGUGGUCCACAGUUGCUUACUCAGGGGUUCAUAAUAGUGACAUAAAAAUACCGCCAGCUGUCUAAUAGUAUUUUAAGACUGCUUGUCUGUUACAAGGGUGUUAGGGUUCUUUCAGCAAUUCCACGAACAUACUGUCCACUAGACCUCUGGAAAUGUCCCCAGCCCCAUCCUGGCUUGGGCAGUGGCCUAUGUACAGAGGCCAUCUGCGUGCUUUCGCGUGGCACUGCCUCAUCAGGGCACUGGGGGUCCCACGAAGCAUCGUCAGUGGAACGGUUGCCGCAGGCUUUGAUCUGUCUUCCCCACUGUUAUACAGCCUUUCACUAAAAGGAAAAAAAAAAAAACACACCACUACUCUGCAGUGCAAAAGUCUUCAAAAUUCUUCAGUUAACCUUUUUGAUUCAUCAUUUCUCUUUCAGAAUGAACAAAUGUUCUCAACUAAGCGAUGUGAGAUCACAACAAAGAGAUUUGCUUGUUUUAAGCACCAUCCUUUCUACUUUUAUGUAUUUUAAAGUGUGGUCAGUAUUUCCUCCCUGUACUUUAUAAACAGGAACCACCUUGGGGUGGUUGGUACCCCUGGCAAAGCUGAUCCGUCCACACAAACUCCUACAUAUGUGUGACUUUAGGUGUAUGUGGAGUCAGUGGUGACAAGAAGGUGAUCUAGAAGUAAUUCUCUUGCUUCCCCGAAGGCCGGUGAGCCAGUCUCAUGGCAUGUUUGAUGCAUGAGCCCCCUCUGUCAUGACAUUUUCACUAGAACGUUAGUAAACAGCCUAACUACCUCAUGCGACAUUGGCUGUGGACAAUCCGUGUCAGAUGAGACAUGCGUUAAAGUUGAUUUAAUCUGGUUAAUAGGUUGAAUAAAAUGAUGUCUCUAUAAAGAAGAAACACAUUAGACCAGAUGCCAAAGGCUACAAUGUACAUAGAUUUCCUUGGAUUGCUUUUUUAAGUCAAUGUUUCAUUCCACCCCCAGUAUUAUCUGGAAUAUCUGUGGUUUCAUAGAUCCAUGCACUUUGAAUAUCUGUCACAUGCCGUCUGACGUUAGCUGUUCUGAAUGAGCAUUAUAAUGACAGUUGAAAGCAAGUAUCCAGUGGUUUGCUGAUUUCUUAAUUUUAAAGGACCUUUACUUAGAAUAUAAUGUGUUGGAGCCUUUAAGGAUCAACUGAUAAAUGAGAAUUUCAUGUGUAGGUUUCAUGUAAAACUCUGUCCAAGUUCUUACUCUGUCUCUUGCAGGGAAGGGGAACAAGGGAGGGAUUUACUUUUUUUGAAACAUGUUUGAAAAUGUCUGUCAGAUUUUAUAUUCAUUAGUUAUAAUAAACUUAUUUUUAAAGUA